UCAGGUUAAACCUAGAAAUACAUUUCUCUCAUGAACCUCCACGUUUUUCUGUGUUUUUAUUCCAGUUGUCGGGAAUGGUCACAUCUCGGAGGACACGGAGACCAUCGCUGACCAGAUGCAGCUUCCUGUCCAGAGUGCCCUGACUGAUGACUCUGAGGAACCCGUCAUCAUGGCCUCAGAGGCCCUGGAGACCAUGGGGUCUGGAUGGGAGGAGGACCAGGUCCUGGAGAUGCUGGCUGCAGCCGAGCCAGAGGUUCCCCCUGAAGACCCUGCUGAGGCUGCAGCCGUAGAUGCAGAGGUCCCUUCAGAGGCUGUGGGCUUAGUAGAGGCUGGGGUCCCAGUGGAGGUGGCGGCCCCUGUUGAGUCUGUCGUGGUUGAGGACGCUCCUGUGGCAGAGGCUCCUGCUGAGACAGUGGUGUCUGAGGAGGCCCCUGUUGUUGAAACUGGAGCUGCAGUGGAGGUGGCUACCCUGGUCGAGGCAGCUGCACCUGUGGAAGCUGCUGCCCCAGUCGAGGUGGCUGAAACUGUCCCAGAGGCAGCUCCAGCCCCGACAGCGGAGACCCCAGCCCCGACAGCGGAGACCCCAGCUCCAGCCCCGACAGCGGAGACCCCAGCUCCAGCCCCGACAGCGGAGACCCCAGCUCCAGCCCCGACAGCGGAGACCCCAGCUCCAGCCCCGACAGCGGAGACCCCAGCUCCAGCCCCGACAGCGGAGACCAAAGAUGCUCCAGCCCCUGUGGCCGCUGUCCCUGAGCCUGUAACCCCUGCUGCUGAGCCUGUGGCCGCUGUCCCAGAGGGGGCCCCCGCUGUGGAGGCCCCUGCACCCAGUGGCCCCAUAACUGACCUUGUUGUUGCUGCUGAGCCUGCAGCAGAGCCAAUAACCACCCCUGUGGCUGUGGAGGCCCCUGUAGCAGCCGUUGCCAAUGAGCCAGUGGAGGCCCCAGGACUAGUGGAGGCCCCAGGACUAGUGGAGGCCCCAGGACUAGUGGAGGCCCCAGGACUAGUGGAGGCCCCAGGACCAGUGGAGGCCCCAGGUGAGGUGACAGCUCCAGCCCCAGAGCCUGUAGUAGAGACUCCUACCCCUGCUCCCGAAGCCGCCCCUGAGCUAACACCAGCCGCCCUUGCUCCUGCUCCCUCAGACGCCCCUACCCCUGCCCCAGAGCUAACACCAGCCACCCCUGCUCCUGUGGCCCCGCCUACUCCUGCCCCAGAGCUAACACCAGCCACCCCUGCUCCUGUGGCCCCGCCUACUCCUGCUAUCUCAAUCCCAGAGAUUGAUGGUGUUCCGGUGGUUGUGUUGGAGGUGGCACAGGAAGCAGCGGCCUUGGUGUUGGCUGGAGUGGCACAGGAAGCGGAGAAAGACAAGAAACAGAACUAAGAAGAGAGGUCAAACUGAGGAGGCCGCUGUGGCCUGGGAAACACAACCUUCUUGGAUAAAACCUCCGUUUUUACAUUCAGAGACGAUUUGUAGAUAAGAUGCACAACCCAAAGACCAGGAAGUUAAAACACACACACACUCAUCUGCCACAACGAUGACAGACCAGGAAGUUAAAACACACACACACUCAUCUGCCACAACGAUGACAGACCAGGAAGUUAAAACACACACACACUCAUCUGCCACAACGAUGACAGACCAGGAAGUUAAAACACACACACAUCUGCCACAACGAUGACAGACCAGGAAGUUAAAACACACACACACUCAUCUGCCACAACGAUGACAGACCAGGAAGUUAAAACACACACUCAUCUGCCACAACGAUGACAGACCAGGAAGUUAAAACACACACACACUCAUCUGCCACAACGAUGACAGACCAGGAAGUUAAAACACACACACACUCAUCUGCCACAACGAUGACAGACCAGGAAGUUAAAACACACACACACUCAUCUGCCACAACGAUGACAGACCAGGAAGUUAAAACACACACU